AUGCCGGCAGCGAAUAAAACCAAGGGAAAUGACCAAGCUUCGUUCAUUGACCAAAAUGGCGGGAAAUCCUUGGGGUCCUUUGAUCAUGGAUCCUUGGUCACCACAGGACCACACAAAUCCGUUCAAUGGCUGCUGCCAUCCACAGGCCAGCAUGAGUCGCAAAGAGUUUGCCGUCUUCGGGCUUACCAGGUUCGUGGACCGCGAUCCAUGGACCAACCAGUCAGGCCUACUGGCUCAACCUGCUUCCAGCAUGGCAACCUCAAUCACUGGGACCUACUGCUCCUGUACUUAAGCACUGGUCAUAGAACCCCUUCCUUUGGUCAAUGUGCUAUUGACUGUACGAUGUAG